CAGCUAUUCAAUGCUUUCACGAUUUGUUACUUGAAUAAUUUCUUAACAUGAAGUCGAUUAUAAAUGCGUUCGUUAAACAUUUGAAUUUCAAUGCGUGAGAAUUUUAAAAACAAUAAUUCAAAAUUUGGUAGAUACUUAAUUUUAUAACUUUUAGAAAUAUCAAAAAAUGUUUCUCCACCAAAAUCCUACCGCCGCUCGACAAGAAAAUCUACACGCAAGAUUUUUUCCUCGACGAAUACAACGAAAUCAUGGCCUAUUACCCGAAAGUCAUCGAGCAAGUAAGAAACUGGACUUUCAUCAAGGAAUAUCAAGGUUUGCCAGACAGGUACACGAAUUACAUGAAUUAUAACGUGGACGUCAAAGACACCAAACGCAUGGCCACCGCUCUAUUCACCCUAUAUUCCUACAAACACCUGGAACAACCCGAAAAACAGACCGAUGAGAAUUUGAGGAAAGCCAUCGCUAUGGCUUGGGCCUUCCGAAUGGCCGAAGCUUCCCAACUGACACUCGACGAUGUUCUGGAUAACAGUUUAACGCGUUACAUGAAGCCUGCUUGGCACAAAUUGGAAGGAACGAAUAGCGCGGUUUUGGACGCGUUUUUCGUGGAAAACGCCGCUUAUCUAAUUUUGCAGGAGGAAAUGCGAGAUCAUCCGCAGUUCCUUAACAUCGUUAAGCUGCUGAAAGAGUACUAUUUAAUGCUCGUGGUCGGGCAAUACCUGGAUAUGCGAUCGAUACCCUUCGAAAAGUCCUUUGAGCUGCUCAAGUAUAGGAACAUCAAAGGUUAUUAUAUAACAAAUAUGCCGAUAAGAGGCAGCAUGUAUUUAGCGAAUAUCGAUAAUCCCGAUUACCAUGCGAAAGUUGAGGAAAUUUUGAGAAUAUCCGGCGAGUGGAUCAUCAUCCAGAACGACUACCAGGAGGUCUUCUUGCCCACGAGCGAGAACAAGAAGGACCGCAGGGACAUACAACAGGGCACGAACACUUGGUGUCUGGCUAAAGCGCUGGAAUUGGCCAGCGAAUCGCAAAUGAAAGUUUUAAAGGAGAAUUACGGCAAAAACGACGAUGAGUCGGCGAUGAAAAUCGAGGAGAUCUACCGCGAUUUAAAGUUGGACGAGAUUUAUUUAAAAAUAGAGGAAGAAUAUUUCGAAAAAGUCAACAAGCGAUUGGAUAUUCUACCCAAUAUUUUGCCUAAAAGUUUCUUUUGGAAUAUGAUGCAUAUAAUUAAAAACGAAUACAUGAAUGGAUGAGUUGGUAUAAAUACUUUUUUGUAAUUAUA